UUUAAUCCGCCAUGUUGAUUUCGUGUAGGCUGUUUGAGUUCGCGCUGCUCUCGCGUUAUCCGUCGCAUCCAAGUGGAAUUGGGUGGAAUCGAGUGCGUAUCGUGUGUGAUCGUUGUCAAGAGUGAUCGCGUAAAGUAUCGAGCGAUGUGUGAGCACCGGUUAGCACGCUGGCAGUCGUCUUUUACGCGUCCUUGCGAAUGACGGUUUCGCGAUCGCGGUCUCUCUCUCUCUCGUUCUCAUGUUGCUCUUCUCGACGUGACAAAAUCGCCUCGCGAUUGUCGUCGGGGCUGUCGUACAAGGUGUCGUGCGACGUGUCAAGUGUCAACGGUUGAUACACGAACAAUCAUGAACGUGGCUUCGCGAAUGAGUCUCGUCGGGUGACGUGAACUAGGUGACGCUAUUCGGCCAAGUUCUGUUGCGGUUACUCCGUUUCGACGCAGUAUUUAUUAUCACUCGUCGUUCAUCAUCGAAAGUGUUGCGCAAAUAUUCUGCGAUUCUUUGUGUUUUAAUCAAUGUGCAAGCGAUUAGGUAUAAAUGUCAGUGGAAUCUUGUGUGAGUGCGAAGGAGUACGUGAUGGAGCAACACAUAAACACGAUGUGUGCGAAAUCUGAGAGGAGGAGGAGGAAGCUCGGUGAGCAUCAGGCAUCGGCGGAACAACCAUGAAUUAACGCAGUGUCAGCUCCGCUGUUGCGCAUCAGUGUUGAACGCGCCCGAAGCGGCGUCACGCGGCCGCGGCGGCGUGUGACGCAGCACACGGCGCGCUGUAUGCUGUAUCGGCUGUAUCUGCUAUGGAAUUUCAUUCGCACACGUGCGCGCGCUCGUUCCACUAACGCAAUAAGAAUAAAACGCCGAAAGAAAAUGCACGUAGACGCAAAGUUGUCGAAUCCAUUUGAAAUCGUAGUAGGGACGUACGAGCAAUAUUUGCUUGGCUACAAAGUGCACAACAUCGUAAAUGAAUAUACAAUAGAGAAAAGCUUUGCGACUCACAAUCAUAUCGCAAGUAUACGCAGUGUCGCCAGUAGUAAAUAUCACCUAGCUUCUGCAGGUGCCGAUGAAACGAUAUGUCUCUACGACAUGCGUUUCAGACGGGAGUCUGGCAAAUUGGUACAUCAUAAAGAUACUAUCAAUUGCAUUGCGUUCACUCCUGAAGGUUCACAUCUGUUCUCGUGCAGUAACGAUGGAAGCAUAAGCGCCGUUCGUUGCGGCAAUUGGCAACUAGAGAAAGUCUGGCCGACAGCGCACAAAGGCUCGGCCGUUAAUACUCUGGCUAUUCAUCCCACGGGGAAACUAGCAUUGUCCACUGGACAAGACGGCGUGCUUAGGACGUGGAAUCUGAUUAAGGGUAGACAAGCUUAUGCUAUCAAUUUGAUACCGAAACUGAAGUCUAACGCCAAAUGGAUAACCGUUAUUAAAUGGAGUCCGAGCGGUGAAAGAUAUCUCUUAGCUGCCGAUGGAAAUAUUUAUGUUUAUUCUGUAGAAACUGCUGGAAUAGAGAAGGAACUUACGUUUGAUUCAAAUGUUGUUUGCGUCGAGUUCUUGAAGGAUAAUUUAAUUGCGGUUGGUUUCGAGAACGGAGAUAUAAAAUUUUGUAAUCUCAAAACCUCCCUGCAUACAAUCAAUACAAAGGCGCAUAGCAUGAGAGUAAAGUGUCUCGCACAUAUGAACGAUCUCUUGGUAAGCGCCUCUAGUUCCGGAGAGAUCAAACUUUGGAGAUAUAACAAACAUAGUUUGGAUAUGUUGCAAAUUGUAAAUUGUGGUGCCAGAAUUACUUGCCUCUCUGUCGUACAAGCUUACAAAAAUUUAGUGCAGCAGACAGAAGUGAAAUCGGAGGAAGAAGAGGAAGUAAAGAAGAAGAAGAAGAAGCAGCUUCGUCUAAAGCAGGAAGUUAUUAUUGAAAACGAGGAGGAUUUAGAAAUCGCAAAUCCCAAAGAAAAAGCACGAGAAGCAAAACAUGGAAAAAAGAGAUCUAUAGAGGAUAUCGAAGACAACGUUCAGCAUUUAAAGAAGAAAGCUCCAAAAGUAAAAGAGACUGUGGUUUCAAGAAAGAAGAGGGACAGGCCGUCACAGAUGGAAGAUGUUAUCGAUAAACCUAAAAAGAAGAAGAAACUCUUAAAAGCAAACGAGACAAGUCCUUUUAAUAAAAAACGGAAAGAGCGCAGUAUUGCUUCACAUAUCACCUCGCCAGCGAAAAAAAUUAAAAAAUCGAAUAAAAUCGAGGAAUUGCCUCGCAGAAAACACAAAGUAAAGUUACCAAUGACGGAUGUCGAGGGUAGUCCACCUAGAAAAAUGAAGAAAAACGUAAACGCGGUAAAGGAAGUUGUGUCAAAAAAGAAAAAGAAAAAAAUAAACAGGUUAAAUUAGGGUUCAAUUGCGAGAGUCUCUUUAUAAAAGUUAAUUUUUUUUUCAUCCGUGUGAUAUUUACAUGAUAAACUUAAAACUAAGAAUAAAGCGCUUAAGUGCUUAAUAAAUUACUCGCUAGUUCCUAUAAUUAUAAAUCAGUCUAUUUACAAUUUCUUAAACUUAUCACUGCACCAACGUCUUCUUCUGUCACUAGAGAGAGAGAGAGAUUAGGUACCGAGAUAACAGUUUCUAGGCGUCGUUACGUUUCGUAUCGCUCGAAAGAUGUCUACCACAAUAUGCACUUAUGCGACGGGUUCAUUGGACUACCAAGCGGGCAUUUCCAGGCCUUUGCAAACUCUGCAUUGUUCGACAGCGUGCCAAUGACUCGAAAAUGAUUUGGCGCGUGAACACCUUCUAUCACUUUGGACUUCAAUGCCCCGUUCGUAUAAUUGCCGCACCAGACCUUGAAAAAAGUUAGCGUUUGUAACUCAAUCUUGUAAAGUUUUAUACCCCCCAAAAAAUUAUGACAUUUUUCCUUACGUGUAAAGCUCUUUGCGAGUUUAAUUUAUACUUAGAUAGAUUUUCAUUACAAAUAAUUGUUUAUUAAUUUGACCAGAGAAAUAAUCAUGUCUAUAGAUGUAUAAAGUUUAUACAAGUUUCAUUUAAAUAACAUUAUGUAAAACAA